GAUAGAAACUAGUCUGCUCUGUGACGGCGCGUUUAAGGACGCAUCAGUCCGCAGAGGUGCUCUGUGUCUGCAGGGUGUCUCCGGCAGUCACACGGCUGACCCUCAGCGGUCCACCCGGGACACGAUUCCGCUCCCCCUGCUGCAGUUUUCCUGCUUCCAGGAAAAACUUUGUUCUGUUGGAUCGAGAUUUCCUGCGCGCAGUGGACGCGCUGUGACCGAGUUUCCCGUGGCCUUGUUUUGCUGCCAGAUAAUUGACAUGUUUCCAUCUCGGUGCAGCAUCGAUCUGACUGACCCAGCUGCAGAAUACCGAUGGCAGCAGGAUGUGAGCGCGCAGACGGAAUCAGCGGCUCAUCUCCGAGCGGCCGCCUCUCCCAGCUCUCCUCCCUGAACCAGGCCGCCUACUCCUCGGCUCCGCCGCUCUGCCACACGCCGGCCUCCGACUUCCAGCCUCCGUACUUCCCUCCCCCCUACCCGCAGUCCUCCCUGCCGUAUUCCCAGAGCCAGGACUCGGCCUACUCCCACCUGUCGGACCCCUACCCCACCAUCAACUCCAUCCAUCAGCACCAGCAGGCGGCAUGGCACUCCCAGAGGUCGCGCUCGGAGGAAGGCGGCCUGCUCACACAGUCCCACCGGGCUCUGAGCCUGGACCCCCGCCGGGAGUACCCAGCCGUACCGCGGCUCCUGCACGGACUCGGGGAGGGGGCAGCAGCUCUGGGGGAUGGACCUCUGGGGAUGCACCUGGGACAUCAUGGUCUCGAAGACCUCCAGGGGAUGGAGGAAGGAUCCGCCCUGGGCAUCCUGGACCACUCUGUCAUUAAAAAAGUUCCCAUCCCGUCCAAGCUGAACGGCACCUCCCUGUCGAUGCUGUCCAUUGGAAAGGAGGGCCUGAGCGUCGGAGCCGUGUCCAACCCGGCAGAGGUGUUCUGUUCGGUCCCGGGUCGCCUGUCUCUCCUAAGCUCCACCUCUAAGUACAAGGUGACGGUGGGGGAGGUGCAGCGCCGCCUGUCUCCACCUGAAUGCCUCAACGCAUCACUGCUGGGCGGAGUCCUGCGCAGGGCCAAGUCAAAGAAUGGUGGCCGCUGUCUGAGAGAGCGUCUGGAGAAGAUUGGGCUCAACCUGCCCGCUGGGCGACGCAAGGCUGCCAACGUCACUCUGCUGACAUCUCUGGUGGAGGGUGAGGCCGUCCACCUGGCCCGGGACUUUGGUUACGUGUGUGAGACGGAGUUUCCAGCUAGAGCCACGGCCGAGUACCUGUGCAGGCAGAGUGACCCGGACCAGCUGCCGACCAGACGCAGCAUGCUGCUGGCCACUAAGGAAAUCUGUAAGGAGUUUGUGGACCUGAUGUCUCAGGACCGCUCCCCACUGGGAGGCAGCCGGCCCACCCCCUCCCUGGAGCCUAGCAUCCAGGGAAGCCUGACCCACUUCAGCCUGCUGACCCAUGGCUUCGGGACCCCGGCCAUCUGCGCAGCGCUUUCAGCCUUCCAGAGCUACCUGAUGGAGGCCGUCAAGGUGCUGGAUAAAGAAGGAGGAAAGAGCCACCAUGAGAAGGAGAUGAAGCACCGAAAAUAAGCAGAGGAAAUGACCCAACCUCCACCCUCAGGAUCAGACUCUUACCUGCCAGCAGCCCUGAGGCUCCUCCCACUGAGGGGCGGGGCUGAUGAAGAUAUCUGUACUGUAAAGAACACCUGAUGAUGACGCAUGGACCUCUGACCUCCUCCCAGUGACGAGGUUUUGAUUUAUUCCUGUUUCUGUGGACUCUCCACGCCGUGUUUUCCAGGAGCCCUGCAGCCCCCACGCUCACAGCCACACCCACUUAUAAACGUCAAACAGCCACACCCACUCAUAAGGACACGCCCACCAACACACCCACGCCCAUGUCUGAAGGGUCUGAGGCCAUCCGCCCUGGCUCCGACCUCCUCCUGAACUGUGGUCAGCGAUGAAUCUCUAUCGCUAGUCCCCUGCAGCAGGUGCUCUUGGGAAAUGGAGUCCUCCCAGCUACAGGAGAUUUUUAAUUUAUUUUCAGGUGUUGGUAACUUACGAUAACACAAAUCAUUUUGUACUUUCAGUGUGUGUUUAUUAUUGUUAUUACUGUUAUUAUUAUUGUAUUACUUCAUAAUGUAAUAUAUUAUUAAAGAACUAAGAACUUG